UUAUUGCUAUCAUCGAUAUUAUAAAUUCAUUUAGUUACAGCUAGAUUGAACAGUAUAAUAAAAAAAUAAUAUCAAUAAUAACAAUUACAAGGAAUAUUACGAAACAUAUUUAACUAAAAAUGCGUAUCGUUAACGUUACACGAAGCUUCUUUAAGGAUUUUCUAAAAAACCUAAAACUUCCUACAAUAAAGAACCCAUUUAAAAUGAAGACCCCAUCUACAAUUUUAAAAAGUGAUUUAAAAAUUCAAGCUGACUCACUGCUCAGCAAGUUUGGAUUGCAUGAAGAAGUUCACCUAAGUGCUUUAGAAAACUCGCAUGUAGAAGUGACGUACAAAAAUGGUGAAGUGCAUAUCAACAAUCACGCCUGGCACGAAAUAUCAUUCGAAUUAGAAUCUGGUAGGAUUAGUAAAUUUUGUGAAAAAUUGUCGUUAACCAGUGGUCAUUUUGAUGAAAUGAGAUUACGUAAAUUACAUUUCGAAAAUGUCCCAGCUAAAAUUUUGGCUGAUAUAGAAGACGGUUUUGUGAUGCAUAGUAAAAAAUUUGGUGACAUAGGUACCACUAAACUUAAAAAUGCUGAAAAAGUCUUAACUAAAAAAAGUAAAGACAAGAUACUUAAAUUUCAUAAAAAGACCCUUCUAGCGUUAGGGCUUGGAGCUACUGCUGCUGGAAUAACUUUUGCAUCAACUCUUACUGAAAUGCACAACGCCGAAGGUUGUUUUCUUUUCGAUGCGAGAAAGAACGCGAGUUGUAAAUUGACUGAUCGUUCAUGUGCUUAUCCACAAACAUCUAACACAAUAAAACCGUGUGAAGAAAAAGAUUUUAGUCAAUUCUUCGGCAUAGAAUUUAAUACGAAUUUGAAUUUAUCGAUACGUAAGACACUUCAAGAUCCGGAUGCAACUAUAGCAUUAAAAGAUAAAUUAAAUGGACAGAAUAUAACUGUUGACAAUAUAGAAAAAAUUAUUGAAGAUCAUUAUGAUCUAAUUAUUGAAUUUUACAAAACCAAAACAAGACCAAAAAUCCUCGAUCCAUGUCAAUUAUUCGAAGAAUCAAACAAACCUAGCUGUGUCGCGUGUGAUUCUAGUGCUCCGAUCAACAGCUAUCGCUAUCUUGAUACCACUGAUUUAUCUAUUAAUACUAAAUCGUAUUGUUGCGAUGACCCACCAGUACUUAAGGCCCUUGCCACAGCGUUUGGUAAGGGCAUUGACGCAUUAAUGAGUGAAUUGGGUGUCUCAUCUUUCUUCGGCACUUUCUUUGAAUAUAUCAUGUACGCAAUUGUAGGAUUUAUUUUACUGUGCGGUAUUGGUUUCGCUGUUUCUUAUAUUCGUAAAAAGAAGGGUGAUGAUGAUGAAGUUAGCUAUUCAAAGCUUAAAAACGAAGACGAUUGAUUUAAUCGAAAUUUUAUAAAGAUUUGAAACAUUUGAAAAUGAUAGCAAUUAAUUAGAAAUUUGUAUGAAAAAAAAAAUUUUUUUUU